CACGGUCAUGUAGAAUGAAUAAAAUGAUAUUUUUAUCCCGAAAGUGUAGAGUGACAUCAUUUCGGACUAAAAAAACACUUCCAUACUUGCUGACUGUUAUCAAACUUGUUGACUACCUCCAGCUGAUCUAUCCACAAGUCAAGUUUGUAGCGCCUCCACUUCAAGAACUAGAACACUGCAAGAACUACAACUUAGUACAAGAAUUCUGAAUCUGAAAUAGAGGAAGUAGGAUUGAAGUAGCAACAGAACCAGCCAUAAAAUUGAUACUAAGAAGAACAUCUAACCUUACUUCAAAAUGAGUUCGGCACUGGAAAAAAAUCUCUUUCAGUUGAAGUUCGCUGCCAAGCAAAUGGACCGCAAUGCCAAGAAAUGCGAGAAAGAAGAGAAAGCAGAGAAGGGCAAAUUGAAGAAGGCCAUUCAGAAGGGCAACAUGGAAGGUGCUCGCAUCCACGCAGAAAAUGCCAUCCGACAGAAGAACCAGAACCUCAACUUCAUGCGCAUGUCAUCCAGGAUCGACGCCGUGGCCCAGCGCGUCCAGACGGCGGUCACCACGCAGCAAGUGACCAAGUCCAUGGGAGGCGUGGUGAAAUCCAUGAACGCAGCUUUGAAGUCGAUGAACCUGGAGAAGGUGAUGCGCAUCAUGGACCAGUUUGAGAAGCAGUUUGAGACCCUGGACGUCCAGAGUGAGGUGAUGGACCAAGCCAUGGCUGGAACCACGACCCUCAAUGUCCCCGUGGCUCAAGUGGACAAUCUGAUGCAAGAGGUGGCCGACGAAGCUGGCUUGGAUUUGAAUAUGGAGUUGCCGUCCGGGCAGACCACGGCCCUCGCUGGAGCCAGCGCAGCCUCCAUGGAGCAAGACGAGCUGUCACAGCGACUACAGCAACUCAGGAAUCAGUAAACGCAGAUGCCAAGAGAGUGAGGUUUUUUUGUAAAAAGAAUGAAAAUGCAGUGAUUUUUCCACACCGGCUCAUAGAAAGGGCGCAAAGGCGCAGGACCAUUGCCCAAAUCUUAUGCAGAAGUUGGGACUGCAUUUUCCUAAAGAGCGUGUGUUGCACUAGGGUUGGUGCUCAUGCAUUUGUUUUUAUUUGAUGAAGUACCUCCAUUGUCAUUUUGUAUAACAGUACGUUAACAAUUGUUAUGCCCACGCUGAAUGACAUAACUCACUGGAGUUGGUCUAAGCAUUAUUUUGAAAAAAAUAAGAAAAGGAAACCAAAUUUGUACAAAACAAAACCUAACCUCGAAUAAAUUUCUGCAGUGCAUGCUUUGUAGAAUGCCUUUGGCAAAACAUAGUGGACGGACGACAGUAAAUUUGGGGCCAUCUUCAUCUAUGUCUCUCAUGUGUGCCUAAGAAUUUACCUACUGACAUCCUGCACAGUGCUUAAUCACAAUUCCUCGUUGCUAGAUAUCACCACACCGUGAAUAUUCAACUGUCGUAUCAAAGGUCAACAUUUCAUCAGCAUGCAUGUACAUAGUUGGUUCCCAUCAGCCAGUAUUUCUCUUCUUCUUUUCUAACAUCUAGGGAAAAAAAAGUAUUUAUUUUGUUGUUAUGAUGAAGAAGUAGCUUUUAACAAAUCAAGAAGCAGUCUUGUAAGUUGACGCUCCAAGUUGAACCAAAUGAGACAUUUGUAUAGCCUUGUGCGACUAGUGGCAUACUGAAAAAAUAUCCUGGGUGCACAAGUAAAGUCGGGCACCUCUAUGAACCACUGAAUGGAUUUACACCCUGCAGAAAGUCAAUAGGCGGAAUCUGUAUAUGGUAUAGUUACUGAUAUACACCCUGCAGAAAGUCAAUAGGAAGAAUCUUUAUAUGGUAUAGUUAUUGAUAUAUUUAAUACGUGUCAAGAUGUAUGCUAGUUGAGUAACAGUUGUCCACAGUAUGUGAUGUCUUGUGUUUACGCUUUUCCCGUAAGGAUAAAGGCUAUUGGAUCUGAUUUCAGAAUGUUAAAGAUGUCUUGUAAGAUAUGAAAGAUCUGGAUGGAGUUCACCAGGAGGCUGUGUCCUUGUAUAUAUACCUACCAUUGUAUUUGAAAUUCUCUGACAUGACAGGAUUCCCCAAAAUGAGUCAUAAGGUGAUUUUUUUCUGCAAUGGUUUGUUUGCUAUUUUUGAAGAGGUAAAUGAGCUCUUUGUCUCCAUUUAUCACACAGUUUGGCAUCCUGUCGAAAGUGGACAAUAUCUCGGUGGCAGAAUUUAGAAUUCCUUUUGAUUGCUGUUAUGGAUGACUCUUUCAAAGACUUUCGUCUCAAAAGUGACUCUGGCAAGGAGUCGUUGAAAGAAAAAUGGUGGAAUUUGCCGCUAUUCUCCAAAUUGAUGGGAUAUCUGUGUUGUGAUGUUGUAAAUUAAAUAUGUAAUUUCUGGUAUGUUCGGUAUCUUAGAUCAUUUAGCUGUGAAUAAAUUCAUCAUUUCAUUGUAAAUAAUUCUAGAAGAAGAAAACAAACUAAUAUUUUAUUUUGGAAAUUAGAGCCAAUUUUAUGUGUAAAGAGGAUGACUUUCAUUAACCUCUGCAGGGGCGGAUCCAGGGAUUUUAGGGGGGGUUCAGGCCUGUCAAAUAUUUUCCUGCCCAGUUGUAACAGAGAGGCAAACAUAAAGGACAUAUUCAAAACCCUGUUCUCAUUUCGGACCAACACAAGAAUGGAAUUCCGAAUGACGAGAAACGACACGCGAACAACGUUCUCACUCCACACUGACCGGGGAGUGGAUGGAGAACGUCAAGAGCAAAGAUGGUGGACACACGCACAUACAGCAACUUGACGUUAACUUUGUUGCAUAAUUAGAAAGCACUCACAAUCAGGAGACUGUUACCGAAGGCUUCUUUGCAUAGCUGUAGGAGAAAAUUUACCCAUUAUAUCUGGAUAUUUUGGGAUUUCAGUUAUUGCAAGAUUGUGAAUAUCAUGUUAUCUUUUCAUUUAGUGUUAAAAUGGCGUAGUGUAGCUGCACUCCGGAGUUCGUAAUCAACAACCUGAGAACACUUUUCCUGAGUCCCAGGAAAACGGGGUUUUGAAUACGCCCACAGGUGAUGCAUUACAGUGAUACUGAUGUGCAUGGA